AUGAUGAUGCGUUCAUCUCCCUUCUGGCCCUUGUUCUCUCAAGGCAUACGACACCGAGUCCUUCCACGCAGCUCGCUCCUCACCCCUCGUCGCACAGUCAAGACUCUCCCAUCGUUCUCGCUCGAAAACAAAACCUGCGUUGUCACCGGCUCGGCACGAGGGUUAGGAAAAGAAUUCCUCACGGCGUUUGCCCUCUCCGGCGCUCGCGGGGCGUGCAUCGACCUAAGCCAGAAGGACUGCGAGGCAUCGAUCGCGUCAAUAGCAUCACAAGUACAAAAUGCAUACCCGGACGACCCCGUCCCCGAGUUACGAGCCUACGAAUGCAACGCCACAAUCGAGUCCGACGUCAAGUCCACAUGGGCUAAGGUAGUCGAGGACUUUGGCAAGGUUGAUGUGCUAGUCACGGCUGCGGGCAUCGUCGACAACGUCGAAGCGGAGAAUUAUGAAUAUGCUCGGUGGCGGAAGAUGCUGGAUAUAAAUAUUGAGCAAGGCCAUUUCGUGCUCGCUGAAGAAGGAAGAGAAAUGCUGACUUGGCACAACAUCCAGGGAUCCAUCAUCCUGAUCGCCUCUAUGUCUGCCACAAUCUGCGUGCGUCCCCAGAAGCAAGCCGCGUACAACACCUCAAAGGGCGCUGUGCAAAUGCUGGCCAAGUCGCUCGCAACCGAGUGGGGACCAAGAGGCAUCCGGGUAAAUAGCUUGAGUCCCGGGUACAUGAAGACAGAUCUCAUCAAGGGACUGCUGGAAAACGAGGGUAAAGAGCUAGUAGGGAGUUGGGAAAGGGAUAUACCUAUGGGGAGAAUGGCCGAGCCGCACGAGCUCAGAGGGACAAUUGUCUGGAUGGCCAGUAAGUUUCCCACGAAACCCGUCAACCCGGCUUAA